AUGGUCCACAUUCCAGAUGCAAAUGCUCAGCCGCCCGAGUACCACAAUGUGCUCAUCAUUGGAGCUGGUGUGACCGGCUUGGCGAUGGGCGCGCAGCUCAGAAUGAUGCUGGGCGAGACGGACGUCAGGAUCAUUGAGAGGUCCAAAGGCAUCGGAGGCACUUGGGAACAAAACACUUAUCCAGGUGCAGGAUGCGACAUUCCCAUCGUGCUGUACAGCUUCAGCUUUGCUCAAAAGAAGGACUGGCCCGAAUUUUGGCCACCUCAACACGUCAUCAGAGAUUAUUUGGAAAAGGUCUCGGAUCGAUUUGAUCUCACGAGAAGGACGGUGGUGAACACUGAGGUAUCCAGCGCUCAUUGGGACGACGAGCUGGGCAUGUGGCACGUGUACACCAGACCUGCUAAAGGCCAAGACACGCAAGGAGGAGAGGAUAAGCACUGGAUCUGCAGAGUUUUGAUCUCGGGCGUCGGAGGUCUCUCUCAGCCCAACCCUUGCAACAUUCCUGGCCAUGAAAAGUUCCAGGGCCCGCUCUUCCACAGCGCGCGAUGGGAUCACAGCGUGCAAACCAAGGACAAGCACGUCGUCGUCGUCGGCAAUGGCUGCAGCGCCACGCAAUUCAUUCCCAUGUUGGCGAAUGACGGCGCCAAGAGCAUCACGCAAGCCGUCCGAUCCAAGCAUUGGUACGCUAAGCGACCAAACGACCCCACAGACUCGGCGGUGAUGAAGUGGCUGCUGCGAAAUGUGCCUGGUUUCUACCUGCUGGUCCGAGCGAUCGUGCACAUCGUGCUCGAAUUGUCCAGUAUCAUGAUGUAUCGCCACUGGGCUGGCACUCAAGCCCGCGAGCGCUUUGCUCGCAACUGCAUCAGCUACAUCAAACAGGCUGCUCCAACCAAGUACCACGACAUCCUCGUGCCUCAACCCGAGAAAGACGGAUUGCACCCAGGCUGCAAGCGUAGAGUGUUCGACACUGAUUACCUCCCAACACUCCAUCGGGACAAUGUCGAGCUGGAGAGCUCUCCUUUGGUGGAAAUCAAGGAAAAGAGCGUGCUGACAAAGGACGGUCGUGAGCUGCCGGCUGACGUGAUUGUGCUCGCGAACGGCUUUGCGGUCACCAACAUGGGUUUCCCAAUGAAAAUCUAUGGCAAGACCGGCAAGACUGUCCAAGACUAUUGGGCCGAGGCAGGCGGUCCAGGUUGCUACAGAGGAUCAAUGAUGUCCGAAUUCCCCAAUUUUGCACUGGCCAUGGGUCCCAACACAGGCACAGGUCAUUUUAGCUACAUCUUCACGUCUGAAUGCUCCACGCGCUUUGCUAUCGAAAUCUUCAAGCCGAUUAUUCAAGCGCCGAGGCCUACCGUGUUCAACGCCAAGGCGCCAGGCGCAAAGAAACAGCCUUCCGUCUGCGUUCGACCCGAGAAGGAGGAGCAAGAGCAGUGCUGGAUUCAAAAGCAAUCGAGAAGCAUGGUGUACACCUUUGACUGUGGCAGCUGGUACGUCGACAAGGAGUCUGGACGCGUAGCGGCGGUGUACCCGCAAACCCAGACGCAAUUCUGGAUCAGAGCUUCCAACCCGAUCUAUAGCGACUUUGAUUACAAGGGCAUCAAGGCGCCCAGGACUUGGUUCACAGGCAUCAGAGAGACGAUUGGCUGGGGAGGUAUUCCCAAGCAGACGCCAGAAGAUCUCAAAAAGUUCAGAAGCGGCGAGUGGGCGGUAGGCAAGCCGAAGGGCAAGGAGAUCUAG